AUUGUAUGUUUUGCAUAUUUCUAUAAAACUUACAGCUACCUUUAUUGUGACCGGUGAUUUGUAGAUUGUAUGGGUGUGUUGUUUCUGCCAUUUGACCUAGAGGACAUUUACUUAAGGUUAUAUAUUUUCGAUUGCCAGCGGACGGAUCGAAAGAACAAGGGCAAGCCCGAACCGUCUUCUAUCUUGAGUAAAGCUCUCCUAGGUCUGUUUCUCAGCGUCAAAAGUGCGACAUUAAUGUAAGCCCAUCAUCUUCUACACAAGGGCUAUGAAUUUUAAGCAUCGUGGUUUCUGGCGUGGUCGGACAAUUUUUGAAGUGGAGGUUAUCCAGUAUCAUGGUGUUU